AUUUACAUGUAUCUCCAAAACUUGUCGGUCUAACUUUUCCAUACUGUUUAUUGAUUUGCACACUGUUAUUAAGUCUCCCCUUUCUCUUCUCUCUUCCAGUGUUAUUAAUCUCAUUCUUAGUCACUCCUCAUAAGUCUUUUCCUUCAAUUCUGGCACCAUCUUUGCUGCUGUCCUGUGCAUUCUUUCCAGUUUCCUCAGUUGCUGCAGCGUACUCUAACUCAGGGCAUAAUCAUGGUUGUAAUUAUUUUUUUCGUCAUAUUCAUGUCCAUGUAGGUAAAAGCCACUCUAAUGUUACUAAAAAUCCUCUAUGCGUGGCCAAAAUUCCCACAUGUGCUUCUCUGGUGACAGUGUGUCCUGGAUAAUCACCCACAAAUCCUUUUCCUUAUUACUUUUCUUUAUCAUAUCUUCCCCCUUUUUAUAGUUCUAUGUAGGUCUCCUUGUACUUUUCCUGUGUGUGUGUGUGUGUGUGUGUGUGUGUCAGAUAUCCACACAGCUCUACAACACACACUUGCACACACACUGCACCCAAACCAGGCACUUAAGAAACUAAAGACUUAUUGUUGUUUGAGAUCCCUUAACACUCCCCAUACUCUCCUUUUGUCUCAUCCCACAGGCAUUGUCCGUGAUGCUUCCUGUGCUGUGGUUCCAUCGUGGCAGGCAUGGAAGUGCUUCUCGCUGCGUCGCCACCUCAUGAUCAUUGAGAGCAUAGACACAGACACAGAGGUGUGGCGCCUCUCCCCCAUCGCCCUCAUUGCCAACCCUGGCCCCAGUGGGUACGUGGAUCUCCUCAAUGGACCAAUGGACAGAGGCUGGUGUGCAGGCUACAUGUGUCAGGAGCGAAUCUCAACCUUCUUCUCAGUUGUGGUGACCGGGAUGACAUAUGAGAUGGCCAUGACCAGCACGCCCCCUCAGGUAGUAGGGACCAAUUACUUCCAGCGUAGUGCCAAGCUGGUCCAUGUGGUGCUGCGCGGAGGCCACGUCCUUGACAUCAAGACCACACCCGUGAUCACCCUCACCAGUGGCCUCAUGGUGAAGGAAGAUGAGUUUUAUGAGCAGAACCUUGUGAUGAAUCUGGCCAACCUGUUUGAGGUAUCCCCAGACAACAUCAGGGUCAUCAGUGUUAUGCGGGAGGACUCCAAGAGACAGCAGGGAAGGCUGGAGGCUGAAGUGGCCAGCGUUCCAACUACAAGCCUGAAUGGUGAGGGGGAGAAGGGAGCAACUGGCGGGGAGGUGAUUCCCUAUGAGAAGCUGGUGCAGAGUCUGGAAAAGGCCAUCAAUAGAUUCCAGGACGAAUCGUGCAGCAACUGUGCCUCUCUCUCGGUGAGUGACCCCAUCGAGCCACCACCCAAGGAAGCCCCUCCAAAAGCCACAGAGGAGGAAGGCACUGUUGUCAUUCCAGAUGUCGAACCGUUCUACAAGCAGCAGGAGAAGGAGGUGGCAGAGAAGAUCAAGGAGAGCCUGGCAGUGACAGAGUAUGUCGAGCCAUCCAGUAUAUUGGUGCUGAGUGGUGUGCCCAGCAGUGUGGUGCAGUACACAGUGUUUGAAAUGCAGCCGUCUGUCACUGUACUGGGUAAAGAGGGUGCACCCAUCAGUGACCUGGGCCACAAGAGUGAUCCCUGGCAGGUCACGGCUAGUUUGUCAGGAGCUCCGCCAGGUGCCAUCCUCAUUGGCACCACCACAGUUCCCUACAGGAACAGCACUGCCACCUUUACCGACCUGUCUGUCAGCAAGCCCGGGGAAGGGUACAACCUCUCUUUCACCAUCACCUUCCCCAGCUAUGCUCCAGUCCUCACUGCCACCCUGGUGGAGACCUUCAGCUCAACACAGAUGAGUGCAGCAAUGGUCCUGCAGCAGCCCAGCAUAGUGCAGGCCAGACAGCCCAUCGCCAUCACUGUUCAAUUUGUUGACGAGGAUUCUGGCUUGGUGCUGGAUGGCCAGGCCUUCAAGGGCCAGACAUUUGUGGGUGAACUGCUGGCAAAGACUGCUGAGGGACACUGAGGUUAUUCAGAGGUAUGCCAAGUGAGAAACAGAAGAGAAUAUUACAAGGAGGAGGUAGUAGACAUCUGCUGAAAUGAUUACUCCCAGUGAAGUCUAAAGCACUGGAUCAGGGAGUGCUGUGAACUUAUCAUUAAAUCCAGCUAUGAUCUCACUGAA